GUGUAGUGCGUGUCUACCUUCAGCUGAUUUUCAACGUUCUUGAUCAAGAUUUUGCUCCAUCGAGGUGUCCUGCUGUUUGUUGGAAAGUUCAGGAGUCUGGAGAUGGUGAAACCGCGACGGAAAGGCACACAGGCUGCCAGAAAAAACACGGAAAAGGAAGCAGUGACAUGUGGCCUUCAUCAUUUGAGUGAUGAUGAUGACAUCCCUACCCUAAGGUCCAACCUCCUCAGCUGGUACGACGUAAACAAACGGGAUCUCCCAUGGCGACGGCAGCUUAAGAACACAGAUGUGAACCAGAGGGCCUAUGCAGUGUGGGUGUCAGAAAUGAUGCUCCAACAGACCCAGGUGGCCACAGUCAUCGACUAUUACAACCGCUGGAUGGAGAAAUGGCCAACUGUUCAGAAACUGGCAACAGCUAGCCUGGAGGAGGUGAAUGAGAUGUGGUCAGGUCUGGGCUACUACUCCAGAGGUCGGAGGUUACAUGAAGGGGCACAGAAGGUGGUGACAGAGCUUGAUGGACAGAUGCCUAGUACAGCUGCUUCUCUGCUGAAGGAGCUUCCAGGUGUCGGCAGGUACACAGCAGGUGCCAUCGCAUCUAUUGCCUACAAUCAGGUGACGGGUGUCGUAGAUGGGAAUGUCAUCCGCGUGUUGUCACGGUUACGGGUCAUCGGAGCGGAGAGCACCAGUCCGCAGGUCAUGGAGGUCAUGUGGUCCCUGGCAGACCGACUGGCUGACCCUGAGCGACCUGGAGAUUUUAACCAGGCUAUGAUGGAGCUGGGAGCGACUGUGUGCACACCAAAGAACCCCAACUGUGGAGGCUGUCCUGUCAGAGGGCUCUGUACAGCCUAUCAACAGGUGGAAAUUGAGAAGAAGAAAUCAGCGAACAAGCUUGAAAAGAUGCUGCUGAAGAAAAUGGAAACACCAUGUGGUGUGCAAGACAUUGAGGAUGUGGUGGAAGGUUGCUGCCUUUGUUUACCUAAGGAAGAGUCAUUGGACAGCAGUCUUGGAGUCAUGAAUUAUCCUAGGAAAGCAAAGAAGAAGCCCCCAAGAGAAGAAAAGACUGCUGUUGCCAUUAUUUCCUGUACUGAAGGAUCGGAGACAAAAUUCCUCAUUGUUCAGAGGCCAGAAACAGGGCUGCUUGCAGGCUUGUGGGAGUUUCCAAGUGUUCAGCUGGGCAGUGACAGCCAAUCAGAGACCAGAAAAUCUUUGAUUGACAGCUACUUGAAGGAAACCCUUGGUUUGACAUUUGAGGAUGUUGAAAAGAGAACUCAUGUUGGAGAGGUGGUUCACAUUUUCUCUCACAUUCAUCAGACUUACAUUGUGGAGACCUUUGAUGUAGAGCAUGAUGGACAAGAUGGAGGGACUGGUGAUAAAGAAGCGCCCCCUUGUAGAUGGGUAACCAGGUCUGAACUGCAGGGUGCUGCUUUGUCCACAGCUAUGAGGAAGGUGUUUAAGGCAUAUGAAGCAUCUGUGUCUGCAAGCAAGCACCCAGCUACAGUGAACAGUACAGGAAGCAAGGUUUCAAACAAGCGCAAGAGAAAGUCUUCAAGUGACAGCAGUGACAAGAAGAAGCAGAUGGCUCUAGAUGCCUUCUUUAAACCCAGAAGUGUAAAAACUAAGGCUUAGGCCUGGCCUGGUGAAGUAUGCUUUAGGAAGACGCCGUGUUUCAUGUGGUCACUUACAACAACCCUGCCAUCUCUCUGUACUGCCAGACUGAAGGGAAAUGUGAAUAUUUCACAAGAGGGAAUCUAUGCAGCAGUUUUCCUGCUGGGGAAAAUUUCUUCACUUCAUAUGCAGGGGUCACCAGUAUCGUGCCAUCAGUCUGAACUGCAAGUCCUGAAGGGUAAAAAGCACCAAACGAAUGACAGAACUUUCCGCUAAGAUCAAAUACCUGAACACAACAGUUAAGAUUAUCAGCCACAUACAGCCUGUCCCCCCUGACUUCUACAUCUGCAGGCAGGCUAAACUGCCCCUGCUGGCUCCCACAAGCGUAGUGAUCAUCAACCAAAUGUGGCCUGUACCAACCGGCUGAUAUAUCUAAAGCACUGCACUGCCCCUGCUGGCUGCUGUUCUGCCCAAAGCUCAGUACUGGGUGGUUACUGUCCACAUCUACAGUGAGAGAGCCCAGAUCCUUCAUAACCCCCAUAACUUCUGGAGAUUUCUGCUCUUCUGGAGGUUUCUGCCCUUCUCCUGGAGGUUUCUGCUCUUCUCCUGGAGUAAGACAGUAUUGAUGGAAACUCAUGGUUUAGUAUACAUGUACAUGUAUAUGGCCACAGCAAGUAACUUGAAUUGAUGACGUCCUCCGCAGACUCCA